UUGCAGAUCGGUUCGAAAGUCAAGAAUCUGACAGUUGGUGAUCGAAUGGCCAUAGAGCCCGGCGUGCCGUGUCGGUACUGCGAGUUCUGUAAGACAGGACGAUACCACCUAUGUCCCGACAUGAUCUUCUGCGCCACACCCCCGGCAGACGGAAACCUUGUCAGAUAUUACAAGCACGCGGCCGAUUUUUGCUUCAAGCUUCCUGAUCACGUGACCAUGGAAGAAGGAGCGCUACUGGAGCCCCUCGCGGUGGGCAUUCACGCGUGCAAGAGGGGCGGAGUCUCGGCGGGACACGUUGUGCUGGUACUGGGAGCGGGACCCAUCGGUCUCCUUACCAUGCUCACAGCUAAAGCCUUUGGAGCACACAAAGUACUCAUAAUAGAUAUUCUUCAGAGCCGUUUGGAUUUCGCCAAGUCAUUAGGCGCCGACUACACACUUCUCAUAGGCAAGGACUCGAACGAGGCUGAGCUGGUGAGGAAGAUUCAUGCGCUACUGGAGGGACAUCCUGACGUGUCGUUCGACGUGAGUGGGGCCCAGACCACCAUCAGAUUAGCUUUGCUAGCCACGAAGUCUGGCGGCGUGGCGGUGCUGGUCGGCAUGGGAGCGCCCGAGCAGACCGUGCCGCUCGCGGGCGCCCUCUCGCGGGAGGUCGACAUCCGGGGCAUCUUCCGAUACGUUAACGACUACCCCACUGCACUAGCGAUGGUAGCGAGUGGGAAAAUAAACGUGAAGCCGCUGGUCACCCACCACUUCAGCAUCGAGGAGAGCCUGGAGGCGUACGAAGUGGCGCGCCAGGGGGCCGGCAUCAAGGUCAUGAUCCACGUCCAGCCGCGAGACACGAACAACCCGCAAAAGUUCUGAACUAUUGCAACUAAAUUGUUCUAA